GAAAUGGAUUCUGUACCAGGGCUGACCAGCGUCUUGACUUUGCUGUUCUCUGGUUUGUGGCAUUUAGGAUUAACAGCGACAAAUUACAACUGUGAUGACCCAUUAGCAUCCCUGCUGUCUCCAAUGGCUUUUUCCAGCUCCUCAGACCUCACUGGUACUCCCAGCCCAGCUCAGCUCAACUGGAGAGUUGGAACUGGUGGCUGGUCCCCAGCAGAUUCUAAUGCUCAACAGUGGCUCCAGAUGGAUUUGGGAAAUAGAGUGGAGAUUACAGCAGUUGCCACACAGGGAAGAUACGGAAGCUCUGACUGGGUGACGAGUUAUAGCCUGAUGUUCAGUGACACAGGACGCAACUGGAAACAGUACAAGCAAGAAGACAGCAUCUGGACGUUUGCAGGAAACAUGAAUGCCGACAGUGUGGUGCACCACAAGCUAUUGCACUCAGUGAGAGCCCGCUUCAUUCGUUUUGUGCCCCUGGAAUGGAAUCCAAGUGGAAAGAUUGGUAUGAGGGUGGAGGUCUACGGAUGUUCCUAUAAAUCAGAUGUUGCUGACUUUGAUGGUCGGAGCUCGCUUCUCUACAGGUUCAAUCAGAAAUUGAUGAGCACACUCAAAGAUGUGAUCUCCCUAAAGUUCAAGAGCAUGCAAGGAGAUGGGGUCCUGUUCCAUGGAGAAGGUCAACGUGGAGACCAAAUCACCCUGGAACUUCAGAAGGGGAGGCUUGCCCUGUACCUCAACCUGGAUGACAGUAAAGUUCGACUCAGCAGCGGCCCGCCCUCAGCCAUCCUGGGCAGCCUCCUGGAUGAUCAGCACUGGCACUGGGUCCUCAUUGAGCGGGUGGGCAAGCAGGUGAACUUCACAGUGGAUAAACACACACAGCACUUCCGGACCAAGGGUGAGGCAGAUGCCCUGGACAUUGAUUAUGAGCUUAGUUUUGGAGGAAUACCAGUACCAGGAAAACCUGGGACCUUUUUAAAGAAAAACUUCCAUGGAUGUAUUGAAAACCUUUACUACAAUGGAGUAAACAUAAUUGACCUGGCUAAAAGACGAAAGCAUCAGAUCUAUACUGUGGGCAAUGUCACUUUUUCCUGCUCCGAACCACAAAUUGUUCCCAUCACAUUUGUCAACUCCAGCAGCAGUUAUUUGCUGCUGCCCGGCACCCCCCAAAUUGAUGGGCUCUCAGUGAGUUUCCAGUUUCGAACAUGGAACAAGGAUGGUCUGCUUCUGUCCACAGAGAUGUCUGAAGCCUCGGGGACCCUGCUGCUCAGCCUGGAGACUGGAAUCCUGAGACUUGUGAUUCAGAAAAUGACAGAACAUGUAGCUGAAAUCCUUACAGGCAGCAACUUGAAUGAUGGCUUGUGGCAUUCGGUUAGCAUCAACGCCCGAAGGAACCGCAUCACUCUCACUCUGGAUAAUGAAGCAGCAUCCCCUGCUCAGGACACAACCCGGGUGCAGAUUUAUUCUGGAAAUAGCUACUACUUUGGAGGGUGCCCCGACAAUCUCACCGAUUCCCAAUGUUUAAAUCCCAUUAAGGCUUUCCAAGGCUGCAUGAGGCUCAUCUUUAUUGAUAACCAGCCCAAGGACCUCAUUUCAGUUCAGCAAGGUUCCCUGGGGAAUUUUAGUGAUUUACACAUUGAUCUGUGUAGCAUCAAAGACAGGUGUUUGCCAAACUAUUGUGAACAUGGAGGAAGCUGCUCCCAGUCCUGGACCACCUUCUAUUGUAACUGCAGUGACACAGGUUAUACCGGUGCCACCUGUCAUAACUCCAUCUACGAGAAAUCCUGUGAGGUUUAUAGGCACCAAGGGCACAUGGCUGGAUUCUUCUACAUCGACUCUGAUGGCAGUGGGCCCCUGGGACCUCUCCAAGUGUACUGCAACAUCACUGAAGACAAAAUCUGGAUGUCAGUGCAGCACAACAACACAGAGCUGACCCAUGUGCAGGGUGCUAACCCAGAGAAGCCCUAUGCUAUGGCCUUGGACUACGGUGGCAGCAUGGAGCAGCUGGAGGCCCUGAUUGAUGGCUCAGAGCACUGUGAGCAGGAGGUGGCCUACCAUUGCAGGAGAUCCCGCCUGCUCAACACACCGGAUGGAACACCAUUUACCUGGUGGAUUGGGCGGUCCAAUGAAAGGCACCCUUAUUGGGGAGGGUCUCUUCCUGGAGUCCAGCAGUGCGAAUGUGGCCUGGAAGAGAGUUGCCUGGACAUUCGACAUUUUUGCAAUUGUGAUGCUGACAAGGAUGAAUGGACAAAUGAUACUGGCUUUCUUUCCUUCAAAGACCACUUGCCUGUCACUCAGAUAGUUAUCACUGAUACCAACAGAUCAAACUCAGAAGCUGCUUGGAGAAUUGGUCCCUUGCGUUGCUAUGGCGACCGACACUUCUGGAAUGCUGUUUCAUUUAAUACUGAAGCCUCUUAUCUUCACUUUCCUACCUUCCAUGCGGAAUUCAGUGCUGAUAUUUCCUUCUUUUUUAAAACCACCGCUUUAUCUGGAGUUUUCCUUGAAAACCUUGGCAUUAAAGACUUCAUCCGACUUGAAAUAAGCUCUCCUUCUGAGAUCACAUUUGCCAUAGAUGUUGGGAAUGGCCCAGUAGAGCUUGUAGUCCAGUCUCCUUCUGCUCUGAAUGACAACCAAUGGCAUUAUGUCCGGGCUGAGAGAAACCUCAAAGAGACCUCGCUUCAGGUGGACAGCCUUCCAAGGAGCACCAGGGAGACUUCAGAAGAGGGCCAUUUCCGGUUGCAGCUGAACAGUCAGUUGUUUGUAGGAGGAACAUCAUCAAGGCAGAAAGGCUUCCUAGGAUGCAUCCGCUCCUUACACUUGAAUGGGCAGAAAUUGGACCUCGAGGAGAGGGCUAAAGUCACAUCUGGAGUCAGGCCAGGCUGCCCAGGUCAUUGCAGCAGCUAUGGCAGCAACUGCCACAAUGGGGGGAAGUGUGUGGAGAAGCACAGUGGCUACCUAUGUGACUGCACCAAUUCACCAUAUGAAGGGCCCUUUUGUAAAAAAGAGGUUUCUGCUGUUUUUGAGGCUGGCACAUCAGUUACAUACAUGUUUCAAGAACCCUAUCCUGUCACCAAGAAUACAAGCCUGUCAUCUUCAGCUAUUUACACAGAUGCGGCUCCAUCCAAAGAGAACAUUGCAUUUAGCUUUGUGACAGCUCAGGCACCCAGCCUCUUGCUCUUUCUCAAUUCUUCUUCUCAGGACUUUCUGGCUGUCUUACUCUGCAAAAAUGGAAGUUUACAGGUUCGCUAUCAGCUAGGCAAGGAAGAAACACAUGUAUUCACCAUCGAUGUAGAGAACUUUGCCAAUAGAAAGAUGCACCAUCUGAAGAUUAACCGAGAGGGGAGAGAGCUUGCCAUUCAGAUGGACCAGCAGUUCCGGCUCAAUUAUAACUUUUCCCCAGCAGUGGAGUUCAGGACUAUAAGGUCACUUGUCCUGGGUAAAGUCACAGAUAAUCUUGGAUUGGAUUCUGAAACUGCUAAAGCAAAUGCCCUAGGUUUUGUUGGAUGCCUGUCUUCAGUCCAGUACAACCAUAUAGCACCACUGAAGGCUGCCCUGCGUCAUGCCACCAUUGCACCUGUGACUGUCCAGGGGACCUUGACAGAAUCUAGCUGUAGCUCUGUGGUGGAUUCAGAAGUGAAUGCAGUGACCACUGUCCAUUCUUCAUCAGAUCCCUUUGGGAAGACAGAUGAACGGGAACCACUUACCAAUGCAGUCCGGAGUGAUUCAGCGGUCAUUGGAGGAGUAAUAGCUGUGGUGAUAUUCAUCACCUUCUGCAUCAUCGGCAUCAUGACCCGCCUCCUUUACCAGCAUAAGCAGUCACAUCGCACUAACCAGAUGAAGGAGAAGGAAUAUCCAGAGAAUUUGGACAGUUCCUUCAGAAAUGAUAUUGACUUGCAAAACACAGUCAGCGAGUGUAAACGGGAAUAUUUCAUCUGAAAAACUGCAGGGUCACCUGAUACUCAUUUCUGUGGUUGCUUGUUAAUUUUUUCUCCUUCUCUCUCUUUUGUCUUUUAAUUCAGUCAUUCUCUCUUAAAUGUUUGCCAUUCCUUUUUUGAAACAUAACCUGCAUCCACCACGAUAUCAAUCCCCUUGACCCAGCUCAGGAGACCAGGCAGCUAUGGUUACUGCCUUCCUGUCUGACACCUCUAUCAUGGUGAAAAUGACCACUCAAGACACUGACUUUACCGUUCUAUACAAGGAAGAGACACAUAUGCGUGUGCACACACACACACACACACACACACAUUCAGCUUUGUGUUCCAGUUUCUAAAACGCAUUUUUUAGUUUUGCAGACACAUAUAUCUGGCAGGCUUACCUUGAAAUUGAGCUUUGUGACUUAGGCAUCCUGACAUUGUCCCCCUUUUCCAGUUCCUUUGUAGGAGGGAACCCAGGGCAGAGAGAUCCUUCCGACCUGGUUUGCAUUGGUGGCAUUUUACAUGGAACAUGAAUGACUUGUGUUAAUUUAAUUUCCUUAUGCCCCUUACCCUAACUCAUCCUUUCUUGCUAUGAUUCCUGUCCCCUGAGUAUUUUCAAAUAUAAUUGCUGAUAGUAGUGAGCGAUUAUUUUGUUUCUUUCUUAUCACUGUCUCCUGGGGCCAACACUUUAGAAACAGCACAUAAUAGCUAAACCUAGAGGAAGCAUGGAAAUAGUCGCUUGAAAUUAGGAGGUAAAAAGAAAGUUGUUAGGAAGUAGAUAUUCCAUAAUUUCAAAAAAUGCCUCCUCCAAUUUUGUAAGACAUGUUAGCUAGGUUAUUCCUGGGAUUAUUAUAUUCAGGUAAAAAAAUAUAUAUAUACAUAUAUAUGUAAUUUGCUGCAGCAUAAAGAAAUUCAAAUAAAAGUCUAAAAUAAUACCUGGUUCCAAAAAAAAAGUGUAACAUCUUAACUCAGCUUUAAAUAUAUAUAUAUAUAUGGGGAAAAACUUCAUAAAAGAAGAAAAAUAUUGAGCAGAAUUCUUCCUUUCCAUCUACUCAUGAAAGACCUGGCACAGAAAUUGAAUGUUGGUUUGCAGGUUUCACAUUUUGGAACAGAUAUGAUGAAUCCAUCUCUGUCCUUUGAGCUGUUUUUAGGAGAUUUAGGACACACUGACGCAUGUGGUGUUAUGGUCACCUCCAGAUCAUCCACUGACUGAUUUCAGAGGCGCCCUUGUGUUCUGUAGCACAGCCCAUUUUAAAAUCUGCUACAUUCUAUACAUUGAGAAGCCUCCACUUACACACUUUUCUGCAGACUCAUAUUACCAGAUGAGACAGCAACACUUUUCAGGCUCUUUGCCCCUUUUCUUAGCAAAGUAUGGAAUUCAUCCUUUCAAGAAGCCAUCUUGAGAUUAUCUAUGGGGCAAAAUAAUUCUGAUGAUUUUUCUGUAGCAAUAUGUCUAACUCUUUGCCCUGGGACUACCUUGGAGAAAGAUAAGAGAUAAAGGAUAUCAAUGCUCCAGGGUCCUAGAGAUGCCAGUAGAAUGAUCCACAGUUGAGAAAAAUACAUACUAAUUCUCUCUAGGUAAAUUUGAUUUGCAAAAUAAUUACCACCUUGCUGUUGGUCAGUCUUGACAGUUAACAGACUGUCCAUCUUGCUCUUACCAUCUCUUACCUCUGAUUCCUUAACAUUCCUCCUGUGUUGGAAAGCUCACAAUGAGAAAGUGAUUAGCUUCAUUCUGUAUCAGUCUCCAGUUUUUCUUCCAUUUUCAGAGCUUGUGAAGGAGGGUUGAGUUUAUAAUCACAUAUCUCAACUUUAAGACAUUACUCUAAAUAUACAGCCUAUUCUUAAACUUUUCUGUGGAUUUUUUAGUCCCCUCAUCAGUUGGUAUAUAAUUAUCAUUUUCCUAAUAAAUUUAUUUUAUAGUGAUUCUAAACAAGAGUAUUUUUAAAAAAUAUUUUAAUAAGAUGAAUGAUCACUGAAUAAAAUGAUACAUCUUUAAAUACUGUU